AAGACUUCCGUGGCCCAUGUUCGAAAUGGUCUGCCAACCAAGAAGUCCGCUGCUUCUGCACAUGUGGAAGAGCAGAUCAGCCCAGUGUCGCCCACCAGCACCCAGGAUGUUCCUGUGAAGAUGAAGCUUUUAGCAGUUCUUUUGGUAACAGCAAUUGGGUUUGGGUCGCAUUGGAGCAGCGGGGUGACUGGCGCAAUGAAGAGUACUCUCAAGAAGCGAUUACACAUCAACAACGCUCAAUAUGCAGUGCUAGAAGCAAGCGAAGACUUCAUGAAGACGGCCCUCAUCCUCGUCAGCGGUCUCGUCACGGAUAGAAUUGGCGGUGCAAAUGCCAUGCUUUGGGGAAACGCCAUAUAUAGUGUUGGUGCUAUCUUCAUCGCUGCUGCUACUACGGUCCGCUCGUACAGGUUCAUGAUCUUCGGGGUUGUUGUGCAGGCAUUCGGGGAUAUCGCCACCCAAGUCGCGCAAUAUAAGAUCUUCAGCUCCUGGUUCGCACCCUCAAACGGUUUCGCUUCCACACUUGGUUUCGAGCUUGGUAUCGGCAAGAUUGGCUCUUUCGUCGGCAAGGCUACCGCCAAUAUCAUUGCAAAGAAAACCGGAGACUUCAGCUGGGUUUACUGGACAGCUGUUUUCAUGAACCUCUUCACCAAUGUCGUAACACUGGUCUACUGGUUCUUCGCGCGAUGGUGUAUGAAGGUCUACUCUGGAACCGCCGACCCGGCAACUGGUGAGAAACUCACCGAAAGCAACAAAAAGUUCGAGUUUGGCAAGACAUUGAGGCUGCCAUGGCCCUUCUGGGCUAUCGUUGCUUUUUCCCUCUUUCAGACUAGCACAGCAGUCGUUUACUCGCAAAAUGCCACCGAGCUAGCCGAGCUGCGCUUUAACAUAGAUUCCGUGACGGCCGGCUGGUACUCAGCCAUGUCGCAGUACUUGGGCUUCUUCUUGGUGCCUCUGAUCGGUGUCUUCGUUGACCUUUUUGGUCAUCGUCUCAGUCUCAUGCUCUUCUGCAGUCUCGGUAUGCUCAUAUCUAUGUGCUUAGCGGCGUGGGGCCCGACUAUCGGCGGAACAGCGGCCUCGUUUGGCAUCUUUGGCGUCGCGUCCAUGUUCGGCCCAACUGUCAUCAUCGACUCAAUCCGCACGGCCAUGUGGCACCAAGAAGUCUUUGGUUCCGGUUAUGCAAUCAAGAUUGCUGUGAACAAUGGUAUGAGCAUCAUUGUUCGCAUUAUUACCGGUGUGAUUCAGGAUCGCGACAACAAUUCUUAUCAUCACGUGGUAAUCAUCUAUGUCAUUCUAGCUGCCGGCUCCGUGGUGGUUGCGCUUACCCUCGUGACAUGCGGCCUUUUCAACCCGGACCUCGGACACUUGCAAUGGACCCGGAAAUCUAGACUGGGAAAAGGCGAGGUGAUCAACCAGCGCAAAGCAGAGUUCGAGAGUGGUGCAAAAGGCAAGAGGAACAAGCAAGUCAGCCUGAUCUUGUUCAUCGCACUACUGUUUUUCAUUGCAGGUGCAUGGGCGGCAUACUUCUGGGGCGUUGCCACUGGAAACAACAAGUAACCAUGAUUAGAUUUAGUACUUACUGAAAACCUCGAGGACAAUAAAAC